AUGAGUGAAACAUUACAGCCGGGGACGCCGCCCAUCGGCCCUCAGCGGGAAGCUGGCUCGGCGAGGACAGCUUUGCCCUCUCGACCUAUGUCAGCCAAGAAUCGUGAAACCACGCCGCCUGGGCCCAUAAAGUCAGCUUCUUCGGUGGAAAACGAUGGCGAGAGGCAUAAGCAUGCCGGGGAGAGUUCUCCUCCGAGUGCAAGGGAAAAAGAAAAUGUAGGCAUCGAUGACGACGUCUCGUCGACUGCCGGCAGUCCUAGGAGUGCGUCAAGUGCACCCAAACCCAGAAAAACGCUGGCAGCAAAUGUGCAAGAACAAGGUGGGCAGGUUUGCAGUAACUGUAACACCACCCGAACUCCCCUUUGGAGGAGAUCCCCCCAGGGUGCUACUAUCUGCAACGCCUGUGGCCUAUACUUGAAGGCCCGGAAUGCUGCUCGGCCUACAAGCCUGAAAAAGCCGCCCAACCUGGUACCUAGCACCGGUUCGGCCCAGCCGUCCGCUGCGAAGCCAAGCUCUUCCCUUGCACCGAAAUUGCUACCAAAUGUCGCUGGCGCAACCUACGUGGCCGCCGAUGCAACGCAGUCAGGCACCUGCCCCGGCGGCGGCCGUUGUAACGGGACUGGCGGCGCUGAAGGAUGCAACGGAUGUCCUGCAUACAAUAAUCGCAUGUCUAAAAGCGCCCAGCUUAAUGUUGGGCAGCGGCAAGGGGGAUGCCAUGGCCGUGUUGAGACCAAAAAUGAGCCUGUUCCAAUCGAUAUCAAUGCCCUCCAGUCGCAAGAGCGAGAUACUACGGUCAUAAUAGCAUGCCAGAACUGCGCCACUACAAUAACCCCUUUAUGGAGGAGAGAUGAAAGCGGACAUACUAUCUGCAAUGCUUGUGGACUUUAUUACAAACUACAUGGUGUGCAUAGACCAGUUACUAUGAAGAAGGCCACCAUCAAAAGACGAAAGCGAGUGAUUCCCGCGAUUUACGACGAGGAUAUGGAUGAGGGCAUGGAGGGAGUCGAAACUCAAAGCCAGGAGAGGACUCCGGAGAGGGGAACUAUCAACGAGGACGGAUCUGUAAAUUUAGGUCUUCGACAUCGCCCUGGCCACCCUCUGACCAUCGAACCCGAACCAGCGAUGCGCUCGAGUCGAAAUCCUUCACCACUGCCAUCUGCGUCUGCGUCUGAUUUGGCAGUCUAUCACCAACAUAGUACGGCCUCACGCAGCAUGCCACCGUCGAUGAAUGACGAGAAUAAACUGGCGCCACUGGCCUCGAUGAACUCAGCAAUAGCUGACGACAGACAGUCCUCCCUAUCGCCUGCCUCCUUCCUCUCACCCACCCGAAAACGAUCGUUCUCAUCAACGGAGACAGACUCUGUCAAAGGCGCAGAUAGUCACGAAAGUGCGAAGCGAAUUUCCUCCAUCAAAUCUAUCCUCAAUCCAUCAACAAGUGCCGAUCAGCCAUUAAAUCCCGCGCCUACCAGUGCGGAUCGGGGAGAAUAUUCGUUGCCGCCUCUAAGGUCUCCUGCUAGCAUAUCGCCGAGGCUAUCAGGCGGUGGUGGAUUUACGCCGCUGAACGCGACAUCUAGAUCUCUAGAUAACGAUGCAGAUAGCGAGCGAAUCAAGGCAGAACGUAGAAUGCUACUGAAGCAAGAGGCUGAGCGAAUGCGAGAGAUGCUCGCUGCAAAAGAACGAGAACUUAUGGAACUAGGGGAGUGA